GUUACCUCAAUACUGUUCGAUGUCAAAAACUGAUUCACAACAUUUGCCACAUGGUGAAUUUGUUCCACACGAUCCGGCGAAAAGUGACUUGACUGUAUUUGUUAGUAAUCUGGAUUAUUCAACGACUGAAGAUCAGUUACGAAAGACAUUUGAAAAGUGUGGUGAAUUAACCUCUGUUCGCCUUGUUCGUGAUUAUGCUGGUCGAUCUAAAGGAUUCGCUUAUGUUGAAUUCAAACAUAAAGAUUCGGUAACCGCCGCGCUCGCAUUAGAUAGACAACCAGUUGUAAGUGAUGAAUGCUUUGAGAAUAAUGCUUCAUCAAAUCUUGACAAUAAUUUACAAGAUGAAAAAGAUCAAGGAACAACAACAACAACGACGACAACGGUGGCAGAAUCUUCGAAAUCAUCGACACCCUUUAAACGACCAAUGUUUGUAUCCAUCUGUGAUCCAAGUAAAGUGAAAGCCUCUGGAUUCAAGUAUACAGUUGGUAAAAAAGAACCAGGAAUGUUGUUUCUACGAAAUUUAGAUAAAAAUGUAAAAAGUGGAGAUUUAGUGAGAUUAUUUAGAGAGUAUGGACUAGUAAGUAUUUGUCUGGUCACCUGUCCAAAUGGUGUGCCUACAGGUGAUGCGUUUAUUGAAUUUAAAAGUGCUGAUGAUGCCAGUCGAGCGUUGAUUGCUAUCGAUGGUUUACAGUUUGGUAGUAAAGUGCUGUCAGUAGCUAUUAGUGAACCACCUGUCCGCCAGGAUGCAUCUCAAAGCUUUAAACCGCCUACAAUGAAAAGCAAUGAAACAUGUGAAACACCGCAAUCAGAUUUUACUGGUGGAUCUUCUGCACGAAAGUCUCGGACACAAUUGGAAUUUCUACCACGUGCAAUACAUCGUACACAUGAAAGUCAAGCCGGUAGUGAUCAAACAGAAUCUUCUGAUGAUAAAGGCGAAGUUAAAUAAUCUCCUGUUGAUAACACUAAAACUAAUGAAUAUUUUCGAAAACGUUUUAUGAAAUAAUAUUGUUGAUAAUAAUAAUAAUGAUAAUAAUAUAUUCAUGUAAAGCCACUUACUUUUAUAUUCCGAAA